AGUGAGUGACUGGAAGAAACGUACCGACACAUAUAGCCAGCGCAAAUUCUAUUAGAAACAUUUUCUCUGACCGGUCAUUGAGGUUUUGAAUAUUCCUCUUCAAUCAACUGCGAAGACUGGACCAGUUGAUUUAUUUUUUCUAAUCUGUAAACUAAAAUUGGGCAUGACCAUGGGGGCCAGGCUGUGGGUGUAGCCACUGAGACAGCCGGGGGAGAGCGAGAGAGGAGGAAAGGCAAGCCAGCACCAGCCAAGCAGCCUGCACUCCCACUGGAGAAGAUGGGGGAGACAGAGGAGGAGAAGGACCAGGCAGGGAAGCUGUUUGAGAAUUUCAUCCAAGCCUCCACCUGUAAGGGCACCCUGCAGUCCUUCAACCUCCUGUGCAGGCUGCUGGAUCUAGACCCUCAGGACCAUGAGACGUUCUACUGUAGUCUGAAGACCAGGCUCACCUCCUGGAGGGCCAAGGCCCUCUGGACCAAGCUGGACAAGAGAACCUGCCACAAGGAGUAUAAGAAGGGCCAGGCUUGUGUGGGCACCAAGUGCCUGAUUAUUGGGGGAGGUCCAUGUGGCUUGCGGACGGCCAUCGAGCUGGCUCUGCUGGGGGCCAAGGUGGUGGUGAUUGAGAAGAGGGACACCUUCUCCAGGAACAACGUGUUGCACCUGUGGCCCUACACCAUCCACGACCUCAAGGGCCUCGGGGCCAAGAAGUUCUACGGCAAAUUCUGCGCUGGAGCCAUAGACCACAUCAGUAUUCGUCAGCUCCAGCUCAUGCUGCUGAAGAUCGCCCUGCUCGUAGCUGUGGAGUUCCAUGUCAAUGUGGAGUUUGUCAAACUGCUGGAACCUCCAGAGAACCAGGAGAAUGACGGGCCUGGCUGGAGAGCUGAGAUCAGGCCUGCCGAUCACCCCGUGGCAAACAUUGACUUUGACGUGGUGGUGGGGGCUGAUGGGAGGAGAAAUACCCUGGAAGGGUUCAAGCGGAAGGAGUUCCGUGGUAAGCUGGCUAUCGCCAUCACGGCCAACUUUGUCAACAGGAACACCACGGCCGAGGCCAAGGUGGAGGAGAUCAGCGGUGUGGCCUUCAUCUUUAACCAGAAGUUCUUCCUGGACCUCAAAGAGGAGACAGGUAUUGACCUGGAGAACAUUGUGUACUACAAGGACAACACACACUACUUUGUCAUGACAGCAAAGAAGCAGAGCCUACUGGACAAGGGUGUCAUCAUUCAUGACUACAUAGACACAGAGAUGCUGCUGAGCAGUGAGAAUGUGAACCAGGAAGCUCUGCUGGGUUACGCCCGCGAAGCUGCUGACUUUGGCACCAACUACCAGCUUCCCACGCUGGACUUUGCCAUAAAUGCCUGUGGCCAGCCGGACGUGGCCAUGUUUGACUUCACCAGCAUGUAUGCCUCGGAGAACGCAGCGCUGGUCAGAGAACGCUUCGGACAUCAGCUACUGGUGGCACUGGUUGGGGACAGCCUGUUAGAGCCGUUCUGGCCAAUGGGUACAGGGUGUGCGAGAGGCUUCCUGGCUGCUUUUGACUCAGCCUGGAUGGUGAAAAGGUGGACUGAGGGCAGGACCCCUCUGGAGGUGCUAGCUGAGAGGGAGAGUCUUUACAGAAUCCUGCCGCAGACAACCACUGAAAACAUUGGCAAAAACUUUGAGCAGUACACCAUUGACCCUGGGACUCGGUAUCCCAACCUCAUCUCCACCUGUGUCAGGCAAAACCAGGUGCGUCACCUGUACAUCAAUGGAGAGCUGCCAGUGAAGUCGUGCUCUCUGGAACGUAAUGGUACAAUACGUCGCCCUGUGAACCUGGCCAGACGAGAGUCGGAGAUCAGGCCGGGCAAGCUGCUGACGUGGUGCCAGAAACAGACCGAGGGCUACAGGAACGUGAGCGUGACAGACCUGACCACCUCGUGGCAGAGCGGCCUGGCUCUCUGUGCCCUCAUCCACCGGUUCAGAUCCCACCUCAUAGAGUUUGAUUCGCUGAAUGAGGAGGAUUCGGCUAACAACCUCCAGCUGGCAUGUGACCUGGCUGAGCGGGAGUUUGGGAUCCGGCCCUUCACCACUGGGGUGGAGAUGGCUGCUGGUCAGGAACCAGACAAGACCAGAAUGGUCACCUACCUCUCCAAGUUCUACGAGCUGUUCCGUGGCACCCCCCUCUCCAUCUCAGAUUCUAGAGGGGCCGACGAAAACAGUGAAGACUAUCCUUCCAAGGCAGUCAGAAGUAUGAACAAAGUUCUGAACUUGGUACCAAGAAAAAGGGUACCAAAGGAUGAGAAGAAGCUAGAAGAUACUGACCCAACGUACAAAAGGAGACGAAAAGUCUGCAGUUAUUUGGAAGAGGCAACCAACUUCUCCAGUCAGAGUGCGUCCUGUGUGGGUGAGGGGAGGGGGGUUAAGGAGAACAAGGUCCGCUCCAUGGCCAGCCAACUCCUGUCCAAGUUUGAGGAGAGCAACCCCAGCUUCACCCUCCGGAGACAGUCUCAGUGUGAUUGGGGUUCUGAGAGGGCCCCUCGGCCACGCUCCAUGGACAUGACUGAGACCCCACGCUUCACCAACCUCAGGCAGCAGACCCCACUCAACCCUCCCCCCAAGACACAGUUUCCCUCUGCAACCUGUGCCAAAUAUGCAGCUGAGUGCAUCGCUCGGGCCCCGCCACAGCCUCCUCCCAAACCCAAGCUCUCUCCUCAGCUUCAAGCCCAGCUUCAGUCUCAGCACCAGCCCCAACCCCAGUUCCAGCCCCAACCUAAGCUCCAACCCCCAUCCAUCCCAAAUCCCACCCUCAGGAAGGUCAGACAGGCUGAUCAGACAUGUGCUCAGACGCAACCUCAGACGCUUCCUCAAAAGCCAGAGAGCACAGAGUACCCUGGCUACUCUCCCUCCUGCCACUCAGCAGUCCUAGCCAUGUCUAGAAUGCUCCAACGCCUUCAGGAAGUGGAGGAAAAGAUCACCCAGAAGAAAGCUCAGACCCAGAAUGCUAGAGAGUUUCAUAAUAAAAGUAUCAAGGAGAAAGCGGUCCACCUGAGAGCACUGUUCUCUGGGGAUGUGACCUCUACGUCCCAGCUUGAUUCUGAUAAACAGGCCAUUCCCUCAGUGUCUGAUCCCAUCCUCCCUAACCCCAGUCCAGAAGUCACCUCAUUAUACCUUUACCCAGAAAUCACCGUUUCUACCUUCUCACCUCCUCAUCCCUAUUCCUCAUUCUCAUCCUGUCUGCCCCAACCUCAGCCUGGAUCUGCUGAUCAGACCGGACCCUCUCCUCCCAUCCUCUCUGCUCCCACUCCUAAAGUCACUUCCCUCCUCUGUCCAGAAAUCACCAUUUCUACCUUCUCACUCCCUCAAACCGUGUCUUCACCCUCAUCUAUUCUACUCCAACUCAAGACCAGUCAAUCUGGGGCACUAGAUAUGCAGCUUUGUAAGAAAGAAAUGCAAAGAGAUCCCUUGAAUGAGUCACAUGUGUGUCACAGCAGUGGCUCCACAUAUAUAUCCCAACAACAACGCACUGCAAUAUUACAACCAAAGCCAGAACCUGGUUUUAAUAACGUCAAACAGAGGACGGUGGGGAAGGUGUCUCUGGCUAUAGCAGCCAGGGCUGAGACGCUGGUCACCCUCUAUGAGACUGACCACAGGCCUAAAGCCUCCUCCCCCUGUUCACCCCCAGCCUCUGCGCCUCUGUCUCCGGGUUCCUUGCGGAGGGAGUUCCCCGGGUCUGGUGACCAGUGUCACUCCUGUCAGAAGCGUGUGUACGUGGUGGAAAGGAUCAGUGCUGAGGGACUUUAUUUCCACAGGGAGUGCUUUCGCUGUGACACCUGUGGCUCCAUCCUGCGCCAGGGAGGCCAUGCCUUCGACUCUGAGCAGGGCAAGUUGUACUGCAAGCUACACUUCACACAACGUAAAAAUGGAAUGAACCAUCGGAGGACAUUCAAUUCACAUCUGGGAGACGGGGUUCAGGAGGGAUCAGGGACACAGACUCCUGACUGUGACACAACAGAAGGACGGCAGAGCCAGUCACCAGGUACCAUCAGCUCCCGCCUGAGGAAGUGCCUGAGCUGGCCCCUGAGUGUGACCCGGGCUGUGUGUGACUCCCCCCGCCUCCUGUCUCGCUGGGUGCAUGGUACGGCCCAUGCUGUGGGCCUCCACUUUAGAGCCAAUGUGCAGGACUAUGUCUUCCUGUAUGAGCUGCUGAGCCUGGGAGUGCCCCUGCUGUUCAUGCUCCAGGAGGUGCUGCUGCAGAUGUACUCUGAAACCGGGCCUGUCUCCCAGUCCAUCCAGCCCCUACUGUUGUGGCUGGAGGAACACCUAGGCCAUAGGCUCAUGUAGAGGCCCACCAGGGAGGGAAGCCUAUCCCUAUCCCUAUCCCUAUCCCUAUCCCCAACCCUAUCCCUAUCCCUAUCCCUAUCCCUAUCCCUAUCCCUAACCCUAACCCUAUCCCUAACCCUAUCCCUAUCCCUAUCCCUAUCCCUAACCCUAACCCUAACCCUAACCCUAUCCCUAUCCCUAACCCUAUCCCUAACCCUAUCCCUAACCCUAUCCUUAUCCCUAUCCAUAACCCUAUCCCUAUCCCUAUCCCUAUCCCUAUCCCUAUCCCUAUCCCUAUCCCUAUCCCUAUCCCUAUCCCUAUCCCUAUCCCUAUCCCUAUCCCUAUCCCUAUCCCUAUCCCUAUCCCUAUCCCUAACCUUCAUGCAAUAGGGUCUGAAGCCUGGCUGAACAUUAACUGGCGUAUCUUGCAUUUGUGCCAUGUCAUAUGGUGGCAAGCUACCGUUUGACCAUGUGUACAAGCACCUUGUUAAUAUUUUCUCACAGAAUAUGUAGCUGUCAGUGCAUUAGAUCUAGUCCUACACCAACCAAAGAACAAAUAACAUUUCCCAAGUGGUAGCUUGGUUUGUGAUACGUGCGAUGUUUUCACGAACAUUACAUUUUUCUUUAUGAUGAGGGGUAAUGUGCUGUACAUGGUUUCAUGGUGGUCUAAAUCAUUUACGGUAUGUGGUUGAUAUGACUGCUGAAAUCAUCCAAUCUAUAUUGCUCUAGAGUUGAGUCUUUCAACAACUGGCUGUCAAAGUCGAGCCAGUUUUUACAUGGCUUAACUCAGGUUAUGACAGAUGUUUUUUGUGUGGAAAAAGUAAUCUAAAUGAAAAGACUGACUUGAAGCACUUUAACUUGGGGAGCUGCCUUGACCUGUGGCUGAUGCCUGAUGAAUGGUGUGGGAGUUAAUGGCUGCCUAAUGGCUGCCUAAUGGCUGUCCAGGCCUUGGAUAAUGACUAGUGCUGACGCUGCACGUUUACUAAACCCUGCUGAACUCACAGGUCAGGGUCGGGGUCUGGGUCGGGGGCCAACGUGGAUCUGUGCUCGAUAAGGUUUUCUCAUCUUUUUUUCAAUUUCAAUAUUGUUUGACACAAAUUAAAAUGUUUAUGUUUUUAUUGUAAGAUCUCGUAUGACAACCGUGACCAUAGUGUACUUUCGCUACACAUUAUGAUAACCUUUAUUGCUUUAUUUUAUGGCCCAGUGCCUCCAGUAUUUUUGUGCAUUGUCCGUUGUACUUAAAAAGGGGAAAAGGUUUCAUGGACAUGGGCUUUGGUUUACUACUCCAGUUCAUGGACUGUUUAAUGCUUACUAAUUGCUGCCACCUGUUGGUGAAACAGAUGCACGGCCAAAUUAAAUUUACUGUAUGAUAAGGUGGAAUAAGAGACAAUCUUCUAAAGAGUUGUUGUAUGCUUGUAAUAGAGGAGGUUUUUCUUCAUUUUUAUUAUUUGUACAGGUCUAUUUCACUUCAAUAUGUUUUUCAGAAUGUUAAGAAUGUUGCUGAAUUGAAUUGUUCAGAAGGACUGAAUCAGACAUGAUAACACAGGCUAUGUUUGAAUGCUGUGGUGUGUAUGUGCUUGCCACUCAUCUCACUGUUAAUAACCAUGUUAAGUAUGAUAGCAGGAUCUCAGCUUUAUUACCAAUACAAAUUCCAAAGAUACAGUUGGUGCACUUUAAAAAUGAGAAGUGUUUUCAGCCCUAACCAGAAGUUACAUCAUUCAUGCAGUACACUGUACAGUGCUAAAUUGCAUGUUGUUGAAUAGCACAAUCUCAUGUUAUCUAACAAUUACAAAGUUUCUAUGCAUUUGAACUGGAUUUGAUCCUUCCUCUGAUUUUUCUCUAUAUUCUAACCUACUAUAUUUCCUUCCUUUCAUUUCUAUUCUUGUUCACUUGGAAGUCUAUUUUCAACUUUCUGAUGAUGGGCCUCCUGAUUGGUUAGGAGACAUGCCAUUCUGAAGGUGAUCACCUGCAUGGUCACAUGGUUUUGUGAACAAUGUUUUGGAGUGGAUGCUUUGUUAGAUUAGUCCAAUUACUGUCAGCAUUUCCACACACAAGUAAAAAAUGCUUCUAACCCCUGUUGUGUUUGAGCUACCGACAGCAGUUUUUAGCAUAGGAUUUUUCUAUGUCGUCUGCAUCCGCCGAUAUUAGAUCCCAAAAACGAUUCUUCUCACAAAAAUGUCUAAUCUACAAACUAUUAUGACCGUACUCUGAAAGGCUGAGAUUCUCACAAACACGUAAAUGUAAUCUGGUCUGCUCUAUGACGCUCAUAAACCAAUCAAGAGUUGUUACGAGGUAAGAGGUUCUUCUUAGUAGAUCAUAGGAAAUCUCAGGACAUAGUGUCUAUAAACUCACAUAGUUGCUGUCACAAACUCCAUACUCCACACAGUUGUCACUGAUUAGUUGGAUAUUAAUUUCCCACUAAGCAAACCAUUUUUGAAUUUACAAUUGUAAUUAUUAUAUACUCAUUUUUAAUCAGCUUUUUUGGGGGCUGGACCUUGUUUUUUUAUAGACAUUUGUCAAUAAAACUCAUGAAUGCAACUGUUUAUGUCAAAUGUUAUGUUCUACUUGUAGCCCUGGUUGUCCUGAAAGUAAAAUGGUAAAACACGUCAAUGUGAGGCUAAAUAUGUGGGAUUCCCUGGAACCUAUGAAGUUAUUAAACUACUAAUGUCUGUGUCCAGCACUCCCAGCAGAACCAUAACUACAGCACACACUUGUUAUAGGUUGAAACACAUCAUAAUACCAUGAUGUUCAAAGGCACACCUUCUAAGAGACUGUCUUUUCAGUGUCUGCAUAACAAGGAAACUGUGGUGUUUGGACUGCAUUGGUCUUCCCGAGUGCAUGUUGAACGAUUGACAGACAGCUUUUUGUCAUGUAAAGGCAUGCCACUUUUUCUCCCAUCUUUUGCCAUCUUUUCUUUCUCUCUUCCAGACGCUGUCACCCAGGAUAACUUUUUCUUGACCCACACAAACAAAGGGAAUGAAUCUCCCAACAGGUUCAUAGCUCGUGUUGUCUUAAAUGAAUACAUUGAACAAUGUUUUAUGGGACUUCAAAUGCAGCCUGCUUUUCUCAUGGAGAUUCUGUGUUGCUUUAUGUACGACCUAAAGCAACACAUGUAAAUAAAGUGAUUUGUCAUCUUGA